UGGCGCUGUCCAUGAAAGCAUGGAGGAAGGAGGGGAGUUUCACAUUUUUGAAACACUCAACGAAUUAAUUUAUCAACGAAUUUCAGUUUCUUGAUUUGUGGUUCUGCUAUUGAUUCUUCAACUGAUUUCACUUGUCGGCAUUCACUGAUUUCAAAAGUACAUGUGUAGCCUAGGCCUAAUAUGCCUAACUUUCUCAAUGACCAUGAUGACCAUGACGAUGACAUGCGUGCGUGUUUCACAUUGACCAACAACAUAAUGGCCAAUGGCAAUGUCAUGUCAUGAUGUUGCACACGUUGUAUGUUCAUCAGGCGUCGUUGGUUGGCACUGACUGGCAUCUGGCUGACAUGACUCAACUGAUGGUGACUUUUGACAAAGUCUGUCUCUCGCUGUUACUAGUCUUCAAAAUAUCGCCACAGUCAUCAGUCGAGUUUUACACAGAGACGGCAAGACGCAUAAUCUGGUGCAGAGUGGUGGGGGUAGUCCAGUUGUAGCGGUACACGUCAGCGUUUUCUUCACAACUUCAUGGACAUGACGGAGCAUUAAUCUCUGCAAAAUGAGUACAUUUGGAGGGUUGAUGGUAGAAUACCAGCAUAUUGCAAUCGACAGAUUUCUGGGUCGUGCGGUUCUCAGAGCAAGAGCCUAUUUCUUGUCCCAUGCACAUGCAGAUCAUAUGGUUGGUCUUGACUCAAAUCAGUUUUACCAGAGACUUCACUCAAGCAAACACAUCAAGCUCUACUGCUCCGAAGUCACACGCGAGUUUCUCCUGACAGACAGACGGUUUGUCCAUCUGGAGCCCUUCAUCCGAAGCCUGCCCAUCAAGGAGCCCACCACCAUCACUCUCUACAAUGAAAUCAACGGCCAGGAAAAACAGGUGCUUGUUACCCUCUUGUCUGCCGGCCACUGCCCUGGUUCAGUCAUGUUUCUGUUUGAAGGGGAUGAGGGGAACGUCCUUUACACCGGGGACUUCCGUUUGGCCAAGGGCGAAGCAGCGCGCAUGGUACCGCUGCAUUCUGGGAACAGGAUAAAAGACAUAAAGAGUGUUUAUGUGGACACUACUUUCUGUGUGCCAGAGGCUAUGUACAUUCCAAGCAGAGAACAGUCAAGGGAUGCCCUUCUGAAUUUAGUGGAGAAACAGAUCCAGAAAAGCCCCACACACAUGGUCCGUCUGGCUUGCAAGGCCAAAUACGGCUAUGAGUACCUGUUUGUGGAGAUCAGCAAGGAGUUUAAUCUAAAGGUACACGUGUCAGCAGUAGUCAUGGCACAGUAUAAGAGGGUUCCGGAACUUGCCAAGCACCUGACUACCGAUGGAAAAAGCACACAGGUCCAUGCCUGUAGAUACGUGGAUUGUUCCAUGCCAACCGCCACCGAUGUUUUAGUAGUUGUCCCUAGUACCAUGUGGUUCACUAGCAAUGCCCGCCCAUCCGAUGUACUCAAAAAGGUCAGGCACCGGUACCGGCUGUGCUUCUCAUUCCAUUCGUCAUUUAGUGAGGUCCGUGAUUUCCUUCGCCAUAUUCAUCCCAUCAACAUUUAUGCCAAUGUGAUACCAUACGAUUGUACCGAAGAAGUGAUCAACGAAAGGUUACAGGAUCUCAGAAGAGACACAGAAACACCAAAGCGUCCGCAACACUCUCCAGGGUACAGACCUUUGGGACAACUGAAAAAGUCCGCCCGAGCUGCCCGAAGGAAAAUGACAGCAUCUUGCUCUGCUGAUGGUAUGGAUGAUGAGUUGUCAGAGUGGUUUCAGUCCUCCCCGCCUCUAAACAAGAGACGAAAAGAGCAAAACCUUCAGGGAGAAUGUUCAUCUUAUGUACCAGCAACAGAAGAUGUCCGGACAUCUCCAGAGUCAGGAGACCAUCCAAAGGGUUCUAUCCAAGAUAGUUACUUGGCAAUGGACGACAGUGAUCUGAGCAGUGGGGAACUAGACCUGUAUGACUCAGCACCAGACCAAUCCCUACCUGUGGAAGACAGUCAAGAAGGAUUCAAGGAACAAAACCUUGAAUUUGGAGAAGUUGUUGAGCCACCUUCAAAGAGCAAACCACCACACAAGCUGCAUGACAAUCCAGCCACGUGUAAGUCAUCACAAGAUGAAGAUUAUUUGCAAGAGGUGGUAGACUUGAAUGAGAAGCGAUCACGACAGGAGUCCAAACAUGCCGAGAUCAAUAGCUGGUUGAAGUACCUGCCCGAUGCAGACAUUGACAAGGAGUCCCAGAAGGCAGUCAGAUUGGGAACUGCCACGCCCCCUCCUGUCGAGGAGAAACAUCCUCCUGCCGAUGUAGGACUGGCUGAAACCGACUGCAGAGUUGAUGUGAAACUUCCAGAUGGUGUACAUCACCUUGAGGCUAAGCACCAAGGCAUGACCGAGUUGGAUAGCUCCUGGUGUGAGUCAGAUGUGACAGAAGAAUACAGCAUCAAGAACAGCCAAGAGACAUCAGUUCCCGUUGCCAACUGGACAGGCACAAGCCAAAACAUUCCCCAGUACUUGGAGGAUGGUUGUUGCAAACCUACUUGGUUUGAUGCUAGAACCGCUGAUGCAUCUAAACAGCAAGACAAGAGUGAUUCCACGGGAUUUACAGAGCAAAGAGGCACCCAACAGCAUGCUCAGAACACCAACAAAUUGCCCGCUGAUACUGACGGAAACGUAAUUGAGUCCAAAUCUCACGGGACAGUCGUGCUGAGCUCCCAGCUUUCGUCCACUGGGUCGGUUGUCCCUCUGGAAAGCAGUGACUCACAGGCCACCCUCGAUGAGGCACACUUGGAACUGUCCCAGGGCACCAAUCAUUCCCAAGACACGUUCCUGCCGAGUUCGCAGGGGUCUGCCGCCUCACGCAGCUCCUCAGAUUUUGACAUCCCAUGUACUCCAGAGGGAAAGGGGGUUCGGCCCGAUCGGGUUGAGGCUGUGUGGGUCAGGAUAGCAAGAGGGGAAUCAGUAGGCGUUGCAUCAUGUAACAGAUCAAUCAAACCAGACUGAGAAACUUCAAGUGUUUGAAAACUUCAUCCUCAAGGAAACCUUGGUUGGUGAAAUUUCAGUGUUGUAGCUAAGUUGUCAUAGAGUCCGCAAGCUAGUCACAGCUAAUGUACUGUUAAGUCAAAGCCUAAUC